CUCCACCAUCCUUAUCGGAUCUGGAUCCGUCUAAUGGACAUGAAGCGGAUCCGGAGGCACCCGUCUCCGGUUCAGGAUCCGAAUCCGGAUCCGGAAUCCGACGGGUUCCUUCGCAACGCCGUCUCCGAGAAGCGCGCGGCGACCACCGCCGGCGGUGGUUCCCCGGCCGGGCUACGACGACUUGCCGCCGUCUUCGCCAUCGCUGUCUUGAUGCUCCUGUCUCUUUUGGUCCUCUUGCCCCGUGCUGGCCUCUCGCUGGAUCGCUUUGUUGGGACCUCGGUUGAGAAGGAGGGCUUCCGGGUUGUCUUCGAUGAAGAAGGUGGUCCCCCAAAAUCUGCUAAUACUUCAAAGGACAAACUUCUCGGAGGCCUGCUCAUUGAUGAGUUUGAUGAAUCAUCAUGUCUGAGCAGAUACCAGUCAGCCAUGUUCCGUAAAGUUUCACCCCACAUUCCUUCCCCUUAUCUCUUGAAAAGGCUGCGGAGGUAUGAAGCUCUUCACAAGAAAUGUGGGCCAGGCACAGAGUUAUACAACAAAAUUGUUGAUCGACUGAACUCUGGUCAAUAUGUUGGGAGUGCUGAGUGCAAUUAUGUAGUAUUGAUCUCCUACAGCGGUUUAGGGAACAGGAUACUUACUCUUGCCUCCUCAUUUCUUUAUGCUCUCCUUACAGACAGGGUUUUACUUGUUGACCGUGGUGGUGAUUUGGCUGACCUGUUUUGUGAGCCAUUUCCUGAAACCUCUUGGUUACUACCCUUGGAUUUUCCUGUCAACCAGUUCAGGAGCUUUGAGAAAGAAUCUCCAGAGAGUUACGGGAACAUGUUGAAGAAUAAUGUCUUUGCUAAUAGUGGUGAUGCUGGUCCAAAGGCGAAAGUACCUCCUUAUAUCUAUCUCCAUCUGGCUCAUGAUUAUGGUGACCAUGAUAAACUCUUUUUCUGUGAUGAAGAUCAACUGUUGCUUCAGAAGAUUCCCUGGUUGGUGCUAAGAUCAGAUAACUACUUUGUCCCAUCUCUUUUUCUAAUGCCGGAAUACGAAGAAGAGCUUCAUCGACUUUUCCCUCAGAGAGACACUGUAUUUCACCAUUUGGGUCGGUAUCUUUACCAUCCGACAAACUCAGUUUGGGGUUUAGUUAAAAGAUAUUAUCUUGCUUAUAUGGCCAAGGCUGAUGAAAGAGUAGGUAUACAGAUCAGAGUCUUUGAGUCGGAACCCGGUCCAUUUCAGCAUGUAUUUGAUCAACUCCUUGCUUGUGUUCGGAAGGAGAAGCUAUUGCCUGAUGUCACUCCUGAAGAACCUGUUGACCUGACAGCAUAUAUAAGAUCAAAAGCAAUUCUAGUUACUUCUUUAAAUUCCGGGUACUCUGAGAAGCUCCGGAACAUGUACUGGGAGAAUUCUGCCACAAAUGGAGAAAUCAUUAGUGUCUAUCAACCAAGCCAUGAGGAAUUCCAGCAAGCAGAGAAGCAGAUGCACAACAAGAAAGCAUGGGCUGAGAUGUAUCUCCUAAGCUUGACUGAUUCUUUGAUCACCAGUGCAUGGUCGACAUUUGGUUAUGUGGCUCAGGGUCUUGCUGGUGUGAAGCCAUGGAUUCUGUUCAAACCAGAAAAUCGAACUGUACCUGAUCCUGCUUGCCGUCGUGUCAUGUCAAUGGAGCCAUGUUUUCAUGCACCUCCUUUCUAUGAUUGCAAAGCGAAGAGGGGUGUUGACACUGGAGCUCUAGUCCCUUAUGUGAGACAUUGUGAAGACAUGAGUUGGGGCCUUAAGCUGGUUGAUCAGGAUGAGUGGUAGAUUAGAUUUCUUCUGUAUAUUAGAUAGUGAAUUUUGCUUUCGGUAAUGUAUACUAGUAAGAGCUCGGCGUGUUGUUCCAAUCUGGGCCUGAUUUCUGAGGCACCAGUGAGUAAAGUGUGUUACAGGAUUUUCUGCCGAACUAUUUGAUUUCGUUUUAUGAAAUCAACCUUCUUGAUCAUAAAAUGUUCCUUCUAUGCC